AUGCCUAAAAAAUAUUACGAAAUUCUGGGAGUAGCCGAAACGGCUUCGGAAGCAGAAAUUAGAACGGCUUACCGCCAAUUGAGUUUAAAGUAUCAUCCCGAUAAAGUGGCUACUAGCGGAUUGACAGUAAAACAGGCCACCGAAAAAAUGCAAGAAAUAAAUGAGGCUUGCGAAGUGCUUAUGAAUCCAGAAAAAAGAGUUCAUUACGAUAGACGCGGUGAUAACGAAAAUGACGACACUAAUGAUACUAGUAGUAGCACUGAUGGUUUAUUUGAUUUGAAGAAUUUUAAAGAACUGGUUAUUUAUUUAAUGACUUGCCACAUUGGUCAAAACGGAAUAAGUGAUGAGGAAUUAAAAAAAAGCGGGUUUGAUUUUUACAAUGAAGACAUUAGAGACAAAAAAAGCCAUCGAGAAGUUGCUGAUUAUAUUUGGCUUUACCGGAAUUGGGCCGAAAGCCAGGAACACGAGACAGUUUUACGAAGCCCGUCUGAAAUACAGGAAGGGUCAGAAGAAAACAACGAUUUAGACUCGGAGCCGACAAACGAAGAUUUGGAAGAAACCUCGGAUAAUGAAGAAGAAACCGAAAAUUCGCCUCCGCCUCACUCCGACGGGAAGACAUUUUGA